AUGGCGGCGGGCUUUCUCAAAUCGGGUGAUUUGGGCCCACAUCCGCACAGCUAUGGCGGGCCACAUCCGCACCAUUCGGUGACGCAUGGACCGCUGCCGCCGGGCAUGCCAAUGCCAUCUUUGGGUCCCUUCGGCCUGCCACACGGACUGGAGGCUGUUGGGUUCUCCCAAGGUAUGUGGGGUAAAUCAAUUUAUGCAGGCGUCAACACGAGAAAGCAGCGUCGCGAGAGAACAACAUUCACACGGGCCCAGCUCGAUGUUUUGGAGGCGCUCUUUGGCAAGACACGUUAUCCGGAUAUAUUUAUGCGCGAGGAGGUCGCAUUAAAGAUCAAUUUGCCCGAAUCCAGAGUACAGGUGUGGUUCAAGAAUCGACGUGCCAAGUGCCGCCAGCAGCUGCAACAGCAGCAGCAGUCAAACAGUUUGAGCAGCUCGAAGAACACCAGCGGCGGCAGCGGCAGCUGCAACAGCUCCGCCAAUGGUGGACGUAAUAACAAUAAUAACAACAGCAGCAGCAACAACAACAACAGCUCCAGCAGCAACAACAACAGCAACAACAACAGCGGUAACAAAUCGAACCAGAAGCAGAGUGGAGCCGGCCAAAGCGGCUCCAGCAACGGCAGCGGCAACCCAAGCAGCUCGGCAGCAGCCGCUGCCAGUGCCGCGGCCGUUGCGGCGGCGCAGUCCAUCAAGUCACAUCACAGUUCCUUCCUCAACGCUGGCGCCGGUGGUGCCAAUAACAACAACAAUAACAACGGCGGUGGCUCAACGCCCAGCAGCAGCAGCGGCAGCCACGGCGGAGGAGGCGGCGGCGGGGGCGGUGCUGGCAGCUCGCAUGCGCACAUCUCGGCAGCGGCCGCGGCGGCGGCAUUGAACGUAACCGCAGCGCAUCAGAACUCCUCGCCGCUGUUGCCGACGCCGGCCACAUCGGUCAGUCCGGUGAGCAUUGUGUGCAAGAAGGAGCAUCUGGGCGGCGGCUAUGGCAGCGGAGGCGUGGGCGGCAAUGGCUCUGGCGUUGGCAUCGGCGUCGGUGUUGGCGUCGGUGUGGGCGUGGGCGUUUCCGGCGAUGCACUGCGCUCGCCCUACGACACGCUCAAGGAUGCGGGCGGCGAUAUUGGUGCCGGUGCGCAUCAUCAUCACAGCAUCUAUGGCACGGCAGCGGCCAGCAAUCCGCGGCUGCUGCAGCCGGGCGGCAAUAUAACGCCCAUGGAUAGCAGCAGCAGCAUUACCACGCCCUCUCCGCCCAUAACGCCCAUGUCGCCACAGUCGGCGGCGGCAGCGGCGCAUGCCGCACAGUCCGCGCAGUCGGCAUCGGCGCACCAUUCGGCCCACUCGGCGUACAUGUCGAACCACGACUCGUACAACUUCUGGCACAACCAGUACCAGCAAUAUCCGAACAACUAUGCCCAGGCGCCCAGCUACUACUCCCAGAUGGAGUACUUUAGCAAUCAGAACCAGGUUAACUACAACAUGGGCCACUCGGGCUACACGGCCUCCAACUUUGGCCUGUCGCCGUCGCCAUCGUUCACGGGCACCGUUUCGGCGCAGGCCUUCUCCCAGAAUAGCCUCGACUACAUGUCGCCGCAGGAUAAGUAUGCGAACAUGGUGUAG